CAGCUGGCUUUCUUCCUCACACCUGGACUCUUCAUUUAUAAUGUGACUGUUUAAUCUGAUAAGACCUGCUUUUUUAACUGUUGGAAAGUUAAACCAGGAUAUCAAGAACCAUUGAAAUCAAUUUCGUUAUAUGAAGAUGGCGCUCUCCCUUCUCCUGCCAUGUCUGUACUUGGGAGCUCUUGUUGACUUAUCUGCUGGAAAUGAGUGGUGCUACACCGGCUGUGAGCAAACCCCAAGCCACUGGAGCCACAUCUCCACGACCUGCGAUGGGAAGCGGCAGUCUCCUAUCGAUAUAGUCACCGGCAACGCCAUGAGAAACCCCAAACUCAACAACUUCACCCUCCUCAACUUCUCCUCCAACCAGGUCCUCAAGUCACUAACAAACAAUGGUCACACAGUGAAGUGCAUACUGAAGGAGAAUGAGGUUGAGUUGAGCGGCGGGGGACUGAACGGGACCUACUCCCCCCUCCAGUUCCACUUCCACUGGGGGAAGUUCCACCACCAGUCGAACCACCCCGGUUCGGAGCACACGCUUGACGGCCACAGAUUUCCCAUGGAGAUGCACGUAGUCAGCCUGAAGAAGGGUCUCACUGUGGAACAGGCCAAGGCAGAUCCAGAGGGAAUCGCCGUCUUGGGUUUUUUUAUAAAUGAAACAGAAGGGGGAGCUGCAUCACAAACUUGGGAGGAUUUCACGUCCUAUCUGAAGAACGUGACGAUGAAAGGUUCCACAGUCAAUAUCACUCACAGUAUUUCCAUCAGUGACUUGAUUGGAGACGUGGACCUCACCAAGUACUAUCGCUACAUGGGUUCCCUGACCACCCCCGACUGCAACGAGGUGGUGGUCUGGACCGUUUUUCAGGAGCCCAUUAAAGUCAGCAAAGACCUGAUUGAGCGCUUUCCUAAGAUGUCUAAACUUACCAAUGUGUUUCGGCCCACACAAGCUCUCAAUGGACGACAUGUUUAUUCCUCCCCUGCGAUUCCAGUAGUGCCUGGCCACACGUGGUGCUAUGAUGAUCACUGCAAUCACAGUCCAAACCAUUGGCACCUCCUGCCACAUUCCCACUGUGGGGGAAACCGCCAGUCACCCAUAAACAUAGAGAAGAAGAAUGUCAAGGAGGACCAUAAUCUGGGCAAAUUCCACUUCAAAAAUUUUGACAACAAACAUACAAUGAAGUAUAUCAUCAACACAGGCCAUACAGCGAAGUGUGUUCUGAAGGACGGUAUGGUCGAGGUGUCCGGUGGUGGUUUGGGUCACAUCUACUCCACCCUGCAGUUCCACUUCCACUGGGGCAAUGCAACGGACAGGACGGAGGGCUCAGAACACACUGUGGACUCAAAGAGAUACCCGAUGGAGAUGCAUAUUGUGAACCUUCGGAAAGAUUUAACUCUGGAUGAGGCUGUGGCGACGCCAAAUGGCCUGGCAGUGCUGGGGUUCUUCAUUGAGGCUGCAGAUGAACACAAGGAACGUAGCGGGGGCUCAGGACAUCAUGAGGAGACCGACUCUGGUUCUACUUCCACGUCCGGCUCUGACCCCUGGGCUGAACUGACCUCCCAUCUGCCUGCUAUCCAGAACAUAAACAGCAGAGUGGAUGUUGCCAAAGAAAUCUCUAUCGAUGACCUGCUGGGGCACGUUGACCUCACAGCCUACUACCGCUACAACGGCUCUCUGACCACGCCCUCCUGCAACCAAGCCGUGGUGUGGACAGUCUUCAAAUCACCAAUCAAAGUCAACAAGAACCUGAUGAAGCUGUUUCCUGUUCACGCCGGCUAUCACGACGUGUAUCGGCCCAAACAAAUUCUGCAUGGCAGGAAGAUUUAUACUACAGCAGCAUCCAGCAGCCCAGGACCCACCACAUUCCUUCUCCUACUGGGUUGCUUGUAUGCCUCUCCCAUCUAGCUCUGUCUGCACGUGGAGGGUGACUAGCUUGCACUGAUUGACACUUUACUCCAAGUAGAUCUGAAAAUUAGGUUUGUUUGGUGCUCUUUGUUGAUUAUUCUUUCGAAUUCAUAUAGUAAACUGACAGCAAAUAUUAUCAGCAUAAGAAAGUAGAGAAGAGUGUGUGUGUGUGUGUGUGUGUGUGUGUGUGUGUGUGUGUGUGUGUGUGUGUGUGUGUGUGUGUGUAGCGGUUCAAAGACCAAAUGAAGACCACACUAAAAAGAUGUCAGAUCAACCCCUCUUCUUUGGAGGAACUUGCUUUCUGCCGCACAACCUCGCGCUCUCACAUCUCAGAGGGAGUGAAGUACAUGGAAAACCAGCACACACAACACCGUGUAGCAAAGCGUGCGAAGAGGCAUGCUCGCAAAGCUACCCCUACCCCCUCCAGCACCACUUUUACAUGCCAGGUCUGCAACCGCAACUGUGCAUCCAGGAUCGGACUAUUCAGCCACCAAAGGACCCACAUAUAGAAGAAGAUGGUCAUCAUCGGGCACGAUGGACAACCAGCAAGCAAGCAAUUGCCAACUAGCCUGAAAAUGAGGAGUGUUGGUAUUUGGGAGCAUUGUGGUUCGGGUAUGAGGUCAUGUCAGCCAAGAGCCAUAUCUGCAAUGUUAAGCCUAUCUGUCUUGUAUUUGGAAUCAUGUAAAGAUGAACUGCAUCUUGGGUAAUUUAAGCCUGUGCUGUGAAUGGCCGCACGAAUCAAAGCUCCAUACAUCAAGAUGGCCUGUUUUCCGUCUGGAUUACAUCAUCUUUUGCUUUGGCAUCCAUUGAAGUGCCAAGCUAUGUAGAAAGACAGUUAAAUGGAGAGAAACGUGAGCUUUUCUGUAAAUGAAACUAACUGGAAAUAAAUCAU